GCCAUUCGCUGCUUGACAUGCGCGGUGGCGUUUGGGGGGAAAUCGAGCUAGCCAGCAUUUUUAAUUGACGAUACAUGUUCCGUUUUCAGCCCCUUGAUGAUGACUGCACCCUGGAGGAGGAGGAGGAGGGCUUGGUAGGGGAGGAAGAGGAAAUUGACCAGUUUAACGAUGACACAUUUGGUGCCGGAGCGAUCGACGAUGACUGGCAGGAGGAGCACGCCCGACUGGCGGAGCUGGAAGGGUUCCUGGGAGCUGGCGACGCGUCCUCCGCCCCUGUCCUCCCUCCUCCGCCUCAGAGCGUCCCUCUCCCUUCCUCGCUCCCCCUGCUUCCCUCGUCCUCCCUCUCUCCCCUCGGCUCGGAGGAGAAAGCCGGGGGCGACCUGGCCGAGUCGCUGGCUCACCUCAUCCUGGACUCGGAUCCCGCCAUCGCCGAAGUGGGCGCUGCCGAGCCAGACAGACCCCUCCACCCGAACGUGCCUCCCGGUCAGGCUUUGCCCCCAGGUUUGACUGGCAUGCCUCGCUCGCUGCUCAGCUACCAGCAACAUCAGCAGCUGAUGCACAGAGGGACGGGAUCACUGACGCAGAUGAACUCUCACAGUAUCUGGGAGAGCAGUAUGGUCUUCGGUCCUGUUAGUGUUAGUCCUUCUCUGGGCACUCACAUGGAGGACUCAACAAUACUGUCCAUCAUGAAAGAGCUUCCAACGCGCACUCCUCCAGUCGGCAGGGAGGAGGGGCGGGACCUGUCAGAAAGGGUCCCGCCUCCUCGUUCCUCCUCACCUGUGAUCGGAAGUCCACCGGUAAGGGCUGUACCCAUCGGAACGCCUCCUAAACAGCCAAUGGGCCACGUGCUCAAUCAGCAGAUCCACCAUCCUACCGCGGUGCAUGUGAGAGCACCGCUGCAGCACCGCUACCCUCCUCCCUUCCCCGAGCGCCUCUCCCCAAACACCCUCCUCAACAUCGCCAACGCUCCACUGUGCCGCCCGCCGUUCGGUCCAGGCGUAGCUCCGGUCUUGUCUCAAAUACAGAGAGCACAGCUGCUGAACUCUCAGGUAGGACCUUUUCCAAUGGGUCCCGGCCCCGCUCCUCCGAUGCUGGCAGGCGGCGCUGGAGGCUUCCGACCCUUUUUCGGGCAGCCGCCUCCUAGAGUGGGUCCGCACAUGCCUCACGGCCCUCAUCCUAACCACGGCCCUCCGCCCAACCACGCCCCCAUCCGGCACAACACUACCCACCUGCACCCGCAGCACCGCAGGAUGCUCACCCAGAGGAUGCAGAGUCGAGGGGAUCAUGGUGGCGGGAGAGGAGGCGUGGACCGGAGGAGCAGAGACCCCUAUAGUAAUCUAAUGACCCAAAGAGAGAAGGAGUGGGUGGCUCGUAUUCAGAUGAUGCAGCUCCAGAGCACUGACCCCUACCUGGACGAUUACUACUACCAGAAUUAUUACGAGAAGAUGGAGAAGCGGCAGGAGCGGGACCAUGACAGCAGCAGGAAGGAGCACACCACCAAACUCAUCACCCCUCAGGUGGCCAAGAUCGAGCACACCUAUCGACCAGUCCAGUUUGCUGGUUCGCUGGGUAAACUGACCGUCUCCAGCGUGAACAAUCCCAGGAAGAUGAUCGACGCAGUGGUGACGACUCGCUCUGAUGACGAGGAGAAGAGGGAGAAGCAGGUGUGGAACAAAAGACGGCAGGUCCUUUACACCGUGGAGAAGAUGUACAGCCUGCUCCUGGAGGUGCAGGACUUCGAGAAGAGGUUUCUGCAGACCCCCGAGGAGCAAAGAGAGCCGCUACUGGAGCAGCACAAGGCUAACACCGUGCAGCUCUACAGCUCUCUCCGAGAGAAAGAGUGGGACGACGGAGUGAGUGACGAACAGUGUCUGAUGAUCAUGUCGGUGCGUAAGGGGAAGCGCCUCGUCGCCAGGCUCCUCCCCUUCCUGUCUCCCUCUCAAGCUGCUGCCGUUCUCUUGGGAAUCGCUCGCAAUCUUCCAGCACUGGCCAAGAAGGACAAGCAGGAUCAGGUGCUUUGCUGGUUGGUGGAACCGCUGGCAGUCGUAGUUCAGUCCAUGUCCAGCUCGGCCCUGACCGAUCUCUUACAGGAGGUGCAGGGCGGCGAGGGCCACUUUCCCCGCGUGCUACAAAAUAAGGGCUGGAACUGGUGGGCGGACGCAUCAGAGGACCGAGCUGUUAGAAAAUACCGAGAAAGGGGCGCUCGGGUGACGCAGGAUAAUCCGCUAGCACACCAGCGCCGAGAUUCUGAGCUCCCGGGUUCAAAUCUUGCCUUUGCAACCAGUCGGCUGGGCGCCAUCUAGCAGGCACGAUCGGCUUCCAGUCUGCAGGGUGGGAAGGACCGGACUAAAAGGUGGGGUUAUCAACACUGUGCAAGGACCUUGGUUGGCCAGGGUGCCUGUACAGAAAGUGAGGAGCGCAGAGAUCGGGGCGUGGCUCUCUGCACGCGAAGACGACCCCUCACGAAAUGCACCGAAAUGUUGGAGGGAGUGUGUGUCGGGCGAACAGACACCCUCCUUGGACACCAUCGUGGGUCCCCGGCAGCGGAUUAGCUAGGCUAAAUUGGGAGAAAGAGGGGGUAAAAUGCUUAAAAAGAUACUCAAAAAAAGAAAAGCUUGCACUCUGUGGUCAAAAAAUGUGUGGACACCUGACCAUAAGUUUUUGCACCUGUCUGUGUGACUAUAUGAUGUUUGUCGGACAAAUAACGUUUCACAGUUCACAAGGCAGCUGGAUGGUAAAAUGAAAUUAAAGUGUAAAAAUUAUUUGCAUUGGCUUGAGUGGGUAGCACUGUUGCCUCAGAGCGAGAAGGUCCCGGUUUCAAUUCCCAGGUAAAGCUGUCCGGGGAGCUGUGUGGAGUUUGCAUGUUCUCCUCGUGUCUGUGGGUUUCCUCCCGCAGUCCAAAGACACAAAGUCGUUUAAUCAUUGUCGUCCCAGCUCACUACGUACAAUUCUAGCAAACGACGAUCGACUGUAAACGGCUUUAGAUUUACUUUUGUGUACCGACCCACGUUUUUGUUUCCGAUCG